UGAAUAAAUAGGAUAAAUUUAGGAAAAUAGUCAAAAAUUUACAAAAUGGAGAACGUUUCUAUUAAUUUACAUACAUCUGCAACGAAAGAUUUUAAACCCAGGUCACAAUUACCUCAGAUGAAAUCCCUUCGAAACACUCUUGAUGAUGAGCAUACUAAAACCUUACAGCUCAAGAGGCAGAACUCAAAGAAGUAUUUAGAAGCUAAGAAAAUAAGAGGACGCCAGAUUCUGAAGCCAACACGGAAUAUAGUCCUUAGGAAAGUAUUCUCAGAAGACGCAGUGAAAGAUAAUAGUGGUCUCAAACUUCCCCAGACAAAAAGAGUAGGCAUCCUUGAAACAGGCGAAAUUCAGAAAGAAUCAGAGGAGAUCUCCAAGAUCCUCCGCACAUCUGGUGGUACAUCUAUCAUCGUUCCCGACCUCUGUCAUGAAAUAUCUUUUGAUGAGAUGAAGUCUACUUAUACCAAGAACCCUUGGAAAAUAUUCAGCGAGUUUAUAUUCAAGAAGAAUAUGAACAUGAGUUAUUUAGUAAAUAUUCGUAACUGUCAGAGAGAAGUAUUAGCAUCUCUUAAAAAGUUGAGUAAUCUUAAAACAACUAUUCUCAACAAUUUUGAGGUUUACCAAAGCUACAUAUUUCAAAAGUUUAUAAAAGGGAAGAAAUAUGAUGACGAUAAACGAAUGUUGGCAUUUCUGACACUGACACAUGAUAAAUUAUACUUCAAGCUCUUGAAACAGGCCAUCCAGUCUAAAGAAGAUCUCGAAAGCUUACUUGGGGGAAACCUUCAGAGAAUAGAGAAACAUGCCAUGUUCUUCAACCAAGAAAAGUACAUUAUGCAUGAAAGAUCCUUAAUUAAUUGCAUGAAGAAGAUUGAGACAGAUGAUGCAUUGAGAAACCAGCUGCUCAAUAUCCAAUCAAGGACACUUUAUAUCCCCAAUAUGACUUAUUUCAAUACUAAUAGUGGUAAAAACAAAGUUGGCCAAACCUUGAGAGAGGAGGAUUCAGACCAACAAAACCCUGAGAAAGAUGAGACUGACCUUAUAAACGUAGGAAGUAAAAGGAAGCUCCAAAUGCUUAAAAAGAUUCUUCCAAAGGAAAUUCAUCAGAGGCUAUCUGUUAUAGCUCCUUCUAGCAAGAGUAGCUCUCAGGAUAAGAGAUCAGUUUCAUUUCUGGCAGAUAUAAAUAAUACUGGAAAGAGGAUCUCAAAAUUUGUUCCAGUCAUCAGGGCUCAAACAAAUUCAAAAAUAAGAGGUUCAGUAUUUUCCAACUCGCCAGUAAAUACUACUGGGAAAAUGGUCAAAGUCUUAGAGGAAGAGGGAAUUGAAGAGGGUGCACUCUCAGUAAUAUCAUCUGAGGAUCAAUCAGCUGAUACUAAGAAGGACCAAGAAAGUGGCAAGAGAAAUAAAGAUGAAAAGAAAGCAACCUUGAAGAAUAUUAUGAUACAUAAAGCAAAAGUGGCUAAUUUACUCGUGACAAAGAUAAGAAAGAUGAAGAAAAAUAUGCCUUCGAUGAGUCCUGUGAAGAGAAUCAUCCCAGGGGAUACAUCCCCUGGGAUGCCUUCAGUUGUUUCACCUAAGUCAAGCCUAAUUUGCAAGACCUUAAAAAGGUGUCAGAGAAAUAGAAUUUUUUCACACAAGAAGACACAUUUUACUGUGUCAAGGGUUAAAAAUACUUCUGUGAAAUCUCCUCUUCCUCUCAGAAAGGUGAAGAGCCCUCUAGCUCAGAGAAAUCUUAAGUUUAGUCAAAGUUUCAGGAUCAAGAAGACUGAUAACUCUAACUCUACUACAAGAGCUACUCUUCCAAAAGGGAAAGUAAAGGGAAACAAAGGUGAACAAUUCAGAGUUUGACCCUCCAAGUUUUCAAGCUAUAAAACCAAGCUUAGGAUGGAUGACCUGUAAACUCUUCAAGCCCCAUUUUUGAGGAAUAUUG